AUGGCGCCUGCGGCCGGGCGCCGGGCGUCGGGCCUGUGGCGCGCCUGCAACUGGCUCAUGGGCGCCUUCUUCGCUCUGGCGGCCUUCGUGCAGGUAAAUGAUCCAGAUGCAGAAGUGUGGAUGGUUGUGUAUACCGUUCCUGCCGGUCUGACCCUGCUUGUUGGACUUAACCCUCUUGUCACAGGUGACUUUAUUUGGAAGAGUGUCUCUGCAAUACACAUAUUCUUCUGUAUCGUGUGGGGUGUUGGCUUGGCAUACAACCUCUUGCUUCAUACAAAACAGAACAUCUUGCAUGAGGAAGAAGGCAGGGAGCUCUUUGGUCUGGUGAUUAUCACAGCAUGGCUGAGCCUGUGCCACAGCUCAUCAAAGAACCCAGUUGGUGGAAGAAUUCAGUUGGCUAUUGCUAUCAUAGUUGCUCUUUUCCCAUUGAUCUCAUGGGUCUAUGUAUAUAUAAACAAAGAGAUGCGGUCCUCCUGGCCAACUCAUUGCAAGACAGUAAUUUAA